AUAAAAAAGCAACCGAGUCAGCAGCCAACUCUGCAAACGCUCCACAAAAUCAAAACCUCUACAAUUUCUUUCGCUCCCAAAUUCUCAAUACUCGAAUUUCAUUUCCCAAACAAAAUCUUCGAAAUUCGAAAAUCGAAAUUCGAAAAUCUCCAUUUGUCUUUCUGAGCUCUGAGAAUUUCGAAUUCAAAAAGCCAUGGGAACCUCUCAGAGCCGCGAGGAUCACAUCACCGACUCAGACGAGUACGAGUCGGAAGAAGAAGAGGUUUCGGAAGACGAAGACCAGUACGACGACGCCGAGGAGAAGCCGCACCAGCCCUCCUCGAAGCCCAAAUCCAAAACCCUAGACUCCUCCAUCGACGAUGUCGACGCCAAGCUCAAAGCUCUCAAGCUCAAGUACGGCUCUCCUUCCUCUUCCUCUGCCGCGCAAAACCAGAACGCCGUCAAGCUUUAUCUCCACAUCGGUGGCAACACUCCCAAGGCCAAGUGGGUUGUCUCCGAUAAGACCUCUUACUCUUUCGUCAAGACCUUUAAUGUCGACGGCGACGAUGAUUACGAGGACGACGUUCGAUCGGACCGUGAGGGACAGUGGGUCCUGAAGGUCGGGUCCAAGGUCCGAGCUAGGGUUUCCACCGACAUGCAAUUGAAGAUGUUUGGCGAUCAGCGCCGAGUCGAUUUCGUGUCCAAGGGCGUCUGGGCUUUGAAAUUUUACACCGACGAGCAGUACCGGAGGUUCGUGACGGAGUUUCAGGACUACUUGUUCGAGAACGUGUACGGAUUCAAAGCCACGGAGGAGAACAAGGUCAAGGUUUACGGCAAGGAGUUUCUCGGGUGGGCCAAGCCGGAGGUAGCCGACGAUUCGGCUUGGGACUAUGAUGAUAUUGAUCAAAGCCCUAAGUCGGCUACGCCGGUCCGGCCCAGCCAGGACUUGAUGGAGGAGUUCGAGGAGGCAGCCAAUGGAGGUGUCCAGAGCUUAACCCUUGGCGCAAUGGACAAUAGCUUCUUGGUGAACGACACUGGUGUUCAGGUUUAUCGGAAUUUCAACCAUGGGAUUCAUGGGAAGGGCGUAGUAGCGAAAUUCGAUAGCGGGGGCUCGAGUUUAGGGAGAUCGACGCCCAAGAAGGCUCUGUUAAUGAGGGCCGAGACUAAUAUGCUGCUUAUGAGUCCAUUGAAAGAAGGGAAGCCUCAAGCUAAUGGGAUUCAACAACUUGAUAUUGAGACCGGCAAGAUUGUCACUGAAUGGAAGUUUCAAAAGGAUGGAACAGAUAUUACAAUGAGGGAUAUUACUAAUGACACUAAAGCGUCGCAAUUGGAUCCUUCGGAAUCAACCUUUUUAGGUUUGGAUGAUAACAGGCUUUGUCAGUGGGAUAUGCGUGAUCGGGCGGGAAUGGUUCAGAACAUUGCUGCCGCUAAUUCGCCCGUGCUGAAUUGGACUCAGGGGCAUCAGUUUUCUCGAGGGACCAAUUUUCAGUGCUUUGCUACCACUGGAGAUGGGUCUAUUGUUGUUGGAUCUCUGGAAGGGAAGAUAAGGCUGUAUUCCAAGACCUCCAUGAGGCAGGCAAAGACUGCGUUUCCGGGGCUGGGUUCCCCCAUUACCCAUGUUGAUGUAACGUAUGAUGGGAAGUGGGUGUUAGGCACAACUGAUACUUAUUUGGUUCUUAUAUGCACUCUCUUCACUGACAAAGAUGGAAAGACCAAGACUGCAUUUAGUGGUAGAGCUGGAAACAAGAUACCAGCUCCCAGGCUGUUGAAGCUCACCCCUUUGGACUCGCAUUUGGCUGGCACAGACAAUAGAUUUCACGGUGGCCAUUUCUCAUGGGUCACUGAAAAUGGUAAACAAGAGCGUCACCUAGUCGCAACAGUGGGAAAGUUCAGCGUGGUAUGGGACUUUCAGCAGGUGAAGAACAGUGCCCAUGAAUGCUACAGGAAUCAGCAAGGUCUUAAGAGUUGUUACUGUUACAAGAUUCUGUUGAAGGACGAGUCCAUCGUGGAGAGUCGUUUCAUGCACGACAACUUUGCUUUUACAGACUCCCCGGAAGCUCCACUGGUGGUGGCAACCCCCAUGAAAGUCAGCUCAAUCAGUCUCUCUGGCAAGAGAUGAUAAUACUGCCGUACCCUUUGUAUAUGAGAGUUAACAUUGUCAUCAGUCUUGUACCUACGGGAUUCGCUCUAAUGCUGCGUUUCAGCUGCUUGUCAUUGUUACUCUGAUUUUUUUUUAAUUUUUUAAUUUUUUCAUGGCUUCUUGUUCUUAGCUUCUUCUGCUUGUAUCCAUGUGAGUUGUUCUAACUGGUGUUUUCAUACUUAAGUACAAAAUAGGGUUUCUUAUUAAUGGUUUUUUAAAAUUUGUGUUUGUACAAGUUCUGUCUGCUAACAUUGAGCGAUUCUGAUUUCUGUGUGACAAAUUGGAUUGUGCAAUUGAAUUUCGUUCAGGAA